CCCCCCACCCAGGUUAGAGUUGUAGUCCAGCUGGUACGGGCGGGUCGCUUUCUCUGUGAUCUCACUCCUGUACCCGAGCAGCAACAGGUUUGUAGUUAGGAUCUCCAGCACCACUCUCCCCCCACCCCCCCAUGGAAGCCGCUGCCUGUGGAUAAGGCGUCAGAGGACGGAAGAUCCGAGAGAAGAGGAGCCCGCAGCCAUGGUAGAGGUCACGGUGGAAUAUGACUAUGAGGCUCUACAAGACGAUGAACUUACUCUCCGGGUUGGUGAUCUCAUCAGGAAUGUAAGAAAACUUGAAGAAGAAGGGUGGUGUGAAGGGGAGUUAAAUGGAAAGAGGGGAUUAUUCCCUGAUAAUUUUGUCAAAGAAGUAAAAAAGGAUACAGAAGCAAAAGAGGAAAGCCCCGUGAUUAAACGAGAAAAAUCUGGAAAUGUUGCCAAUCUUGUACAGCGCAUGAGUCAUUUUGGAUUCCCAAUCGCUGGGUUACCGCCUCAACCAAAGUCUCUCAGAAGAAGAAGAUCAAAGAAGAGGCAUUGCGAAACACUGUUUGAUUAUAUCCCUCAAAAUGAGGAUGAAUUGGAAAUCAAAACUGGAGAUCUCAUUGAAAUAAUUGAAGAGGUUGAGGAAGGUUGGUGGAGGGGAAUCCUGAAUGAGAAAAUUGGGUUGUUUCCAUCCAAUUUUGUGAAGGAGUUGAUUGAUCAGACGGAUGAUGGAGACUCCAGUGAAAUCUCAACUGAACCAGAUGUGCCGGUCAAGGAUUUAAUUGGACUGGGACCUACAUCACCAACAUCGCCGACAGAAUUCACAGGGAAUGAGAGUCCAGGAACUGGAACAACUGCCCAACCAAAGAAAAUCCGUGGUGUGGGGUUUGGAGACAUAUUUAAAGAAGGAUCUGUAAAAUUAAAAUCAAGGUUAUCCAAUUCUGACUUGGAGGAUAAAAAGUCAGAGAAGCAAGUAACUCCAACCAGUAAUGCUGAGGCUAUGAAACACGAACCAGAAAAUAAACACAAAGUUAAAGAAUUUUGCAAAGCAGUUUUUGCAUACGAAGCAAACAAUUCUGAUGAACUUAGCUUUAAGGAAGGAGAUCACAUCCUGCUGACGAGCAAGGAUACAGGGGAUAAGGGAUGGUGGAAAGGAGAACUAAAUGGCAAGCAAGGGGUCUUCCCUGACAAUUUUGUGGUUGUAAUUGCAGAAACUGAAAGAGAGGUUAUUGCUGCUCCCAAACCUUCAGUAAAAUUACCUCCAAAACCAGAGCUUGAUGAUAAACCAAAAAAGCCACUGCCAUCAACAAAAGUCCAAGCCUCCAAACCUGAACCACCACCUGCUGAGAAGAAGCUUGAACUUAAAAAAGUCCUUCCAGACAAAACUGACUCUAUUUCUUCAAGGAAUGAAGAAAAAGAUGAUCAGAAGCCAACGAAACCAACCGCCCCAAUGGUACCACCUAAAAAACCCAACCUCCCUUUGAAAGGUCAUCCUGUUAGAACAUCUAUGCCUCCUAGACGACCAGAGAAACCCUCAGUGCCACUGCCUUUACCCAAAAUAAAUGGAGAGGUGCCUUACAAUCGACCAAAGUCUGAUGUUGAUUCAGCUGUGCUUAGACCAAAAUCUGAGAUCCAGUCGUCAAUCAUUCGACCAAAAUCAGUAGAACUUGAAACUGACAAAGCUCCUGAAAUAGAUCUCAUGAGCUUUGACUCUGUAGAACUUUCUGGUGAAAAACUUAGUCAUCCUACAGCCAGCAGACCGAGGAUGCCAGGGAGGAGGCCACCCAGUGUUUUUGUUGCCAGCCACCCUGGUUUGGGUGAGAGCCAUUUAGAUAAAAUGUCAAAAAUGAUCAAAGAAGAAGAAGAUGAAGAAAUUGCCAAACCAAAGCCGUCUGAUGUUGCUAAAAAGCCAUCGUUGAAACAACAUACUGGAGUAACGAAUUUGACUGAGCUAAAAGAUAUAACUGAAAUGGAUAAUAGGAACAAAACAACUGUAGAAGAUCUUAAGGCCCAAAUGGCUGACUUAAUGACUUUUGUUGAGAGACUAAGGACUCAACACAGGAAAGAAUUAACUGAACUAAGGAAUGAUUUUGAAGAAGAGAAAAAACAACGUAUUGCCUUACAGCUGGAAAUAGAUAAACUGAAGAAAGCUGUCCAGUCUACAUGAGCUAUGUUUCAUUCAAAUUUGUGACAAUUUACUAAGAUUCAAGUUGUUGCAAAUAACCAGGAAAACCAAUACUUUGAAAUACUUCCCCUUUUAUGAUAAUCAUUGCCCUAUAUGAAAUGUCAGAUAUUAUGAUAUAUCUUUAUAAAGUUGGGUAUAAUUGUAUGAUGUAAAUUUUUAGCCAAUAAGAAUUUUUGAGGCCUUAUCUGCUAUUAUGCUGAAUUUGCAGACUGCACAUGGUGAAUGUUUAGUUUGCUUCCUGUACUACUGAAUCUGUAUAAAGGGGUCAGAGAUUUUUAAGAUGUAGUUUAAUUUUUUUAAAUGAAUCAAUGCUGUUGUACUUUUGCAAAAUUGUUAAGAUUGCCGUCUAGGCAUUUUCUGCUAAAUGGGAAGAAAGAACUUAAUAGAUCUUAGUUUUAUUGUUCUAUACAGGAAAGGAUGUUUGAUUUGCUGUAUACAAUUUAUUUUAGCUUUCCUAUCCAGGGUAAACAAUAUUGUGCCUGAUUGAAGCCUUCAUUUGCAAGUAUUCAGUGAAUAUAUAAAGUUGGCAUUUUAAAGGGCAAAGGAAUGUGAAUUGCAGACCAAUUCCCCAUACAAAGUAAAACAAUGUAUUUUCAUAUCGAAGGUUACAUAAUAUAAUUUAAAUGUGCAUUUACACAUUACUUGCAAUAAAGGGAGCUUUUGGCCCUAACAAAGGGUCUGAGGAAUUGGGCAAACAUAAGUUGUAUCUUUCAUAUGUUUACUUUGAAGAAUUAUGGUUCAAGACUCUUUUUGUUUUCUUUCCUCAUUUACCUGUGGUCCUCUCUAUAUUCAAUUGAUACCACAAAUACAAUAAGAAAUCUACAUUUCUGAAGGAGUGGAACAAUUCCAAGUUGUUUUGCAUUUACAUGGAUCCAUUUGCAUCUAAAGAGGUUUCAUAAGUGAUUUUGGGCACUCGUUAUCAACAGCCCAUUGCUGUAAUAAAACUAGUUACAAAUGAUCAUGAAUGACAAUCAUUUAUAUUCAGAUUUCUAUCUCAGCUGUUACAUGCCUUUACAAAAACAGUGCAGUGCAUUGUUGUGUAAAACUACUGGCUUUUCAUUGCAAUCUACUCCCUGUAAAUCUUUUCAAUAUAUAGUUUGUCCACUUUUCUUGUUUACACAUUACCUAAUAAAAUGAAAAAAUAUAUUGUAAUACA